AUGCAGACUGCUUCUACAAACAUUUGUGAAAGGAUGGGUUGCUCUCAGGAGCUCAAUGAAUUCAAGCGUGGUACCAUGAUAGGUUGCCACCUGUGCAAUAAGUCCAGCCGUGAAAUUUCCUUGCUACUAAAUAUUCCACAGUCAACUGUCCAAGGGUAUUAUAGUAAAGUGGAAGCAACUGGGAGCAACAGCAACUCAGCUAUGAGGUGAGUGGGGUCAGUGCAUGCUGAAGCGCACAGUACUCAGAGUUGGCACCUGUCUGCACAGUCAAUCGCUAAAAACCUCCAAACAUCUUGACCUUCAGAUUAGCACAACAACAGUGCAUAGAGAGCUUCAUGGAAUGGGUUUCCAUGGC